GGUGUUCCUGCUCCAUGGGGGGAUUGCACUGGGUGAGCUUUCCAGGGCCCUUCCAACCCCUGACAUGCUGGGAUUCUGUGACACAUUCUGUGAAAAUCACUUUCCUGUUGCAGAGGAGUUUGUCGUGGCUUCAGAAUUCCCCACUGGAAUGUGAUCAAGACCCUUGCAAGUGGUUUUGUUUUCUUUUGUGGGAUUUUUUUGCAACAAGGAGAGGGAAAACAGGGCAAGGAGAAGAGCAGAAUGGGCUUCUUCAGGAGACGGUUCAGCAUUUGAUGUUUAAAAUUCCCUUCUGGGGGUAUGUCCCUCUCCUGUGCCUAAAAUUGCUUUAUGAAUCAAUACCUCUGUUAUUCUGGGGAGGGGUCAGGUGGAUAACAGAGACAAAGCUCCAAAUUUUGUUUCUGACAAGUAACUAGUUGGAGAGGUCUGGGUUUGAGCAAUAACCAGGAGUUCCCAUGUUCUCCCACUUCACUUAUUCAAUGACUGUAGUUGACCUGUAUCCAACACAUUCUGCACUUACAACCUCCUCUCUCCUUCCAAAUCCAGUCAGGCUUUUGUGCAUAUUUUCAGUGACAGGGGAUGAAUUGAUACUAGAAAUGUCGCCAUUUUAUUUAUAACAAGAAAAUAGAGAAUGUAGCUGCAACGCAAAUAUUGUGACCCAACAACAGAACUGUCCUAGAUUCUCACAUCUUGUUUUGAAAUUUUAUGACAGCCUUAUUGCCCAAGGGUACAACAUAAUCACUUUGCAGUUCACUGAUAUGCUUUCUUUUAGCAUCUGUACUAACUGUGUUUUUAUCCCUACUGCAUGUAAGAGCACUUUGUAAUUCUUCAGAUGCAUAGAAAAAUCCCAUCUCAAAGUGUAUAAUGGCUGCAAUUGUGUUUAUUUUAAUUUGGAAUGUAAAUAUGCUUUGAAAACUAACAAUCUUUCCACCCUUUCACCACCCAAAUUCUUCAUCGAUGAUAUUGGUUUUCUGUCUUUGCCCUGGCUCACCCAGUCAUAGAUUACUCUAUUGUAAUAUUUUUAAAGUAAACUUCUGAAUAUCUGAACAACGGGGUCAUAUUUGCAAACGUUUCUGGUGGUACCAGGGGCUGCAGGAUUGCCCCGGCAUUGAGUCGUGUCCUGCAUGGAGGAUUUUGGGGGCUGAUGGUGUAGCUAUAGCAGACUAGAUCUGCAUAUUCCUAUUUAAAUGUGUAUGAAAGUAAAAUAAAUGGAAACUGCUCUGUUUUUCUGUUAAAGCCGUAUGCGCAAGGGCAGAAGAAGAAUCAAUGUUUUGAUCAGUGAUCACUGAAGGGCAAACAACUAAAAAUGUAGUCUUUAUCCUGAAAAGUGCUUUCUAACGGUGCAUUUUUGGAUCAUAUUGAACACCUUAGUAACACCCAGCAGCUGAGUGAAAAGAAGAUGUUCUUCCUUGGACUCUGGUCUCCCCGAGAACCACACUUGGGUCUUCCAGGAGCACGUUUAUGUGCUCAUCUCCUCUGAAAUCAAACGCCUUUCACCUCCGUCUCGAUGAAACCUUGACCGCAGUUGAGUUCCUCCGAGCCCCCGCUGCGUGUGGGGAGAUGACGAAGAGUGAACUGGACUUUGCUGACAAUUAGGAACAUCGUUCCAGAGGAAACAAAAAUCUCGCUGCCGAGAUCGGAUCUGACAUCUCUCUGACGUGCGGGUGGUACGAAGCGACACGGUGAGAUCAUGUCCCAGCAAGACCUUGUUCUCCUUGUCCCGACCAGACCUCCAUGGAGCUUCUUUGACUCUUCCCUCUCUUGUUCCUAGUUGAUAAAUUCGAUUUUUGCCAAUAUACUCUUGUGCGUCUCUCAGCAUCAUGACAGCUUCAGGCAGAGGUUACAGAUGAGCUUCAUGCCCUGGAUUGUUUCACCUGGCUUCCCAAGUUUGUCAUUGAAGAGAGACUUUAUGUCUCAGCAUUUCUGUUUUCUGUUGCCUUCAAUAAAACAGGACCUUCACAUGCCCGUGACCAGCACAGCUUCUUCUCAUCUUUUAUAGGUGCUUGCAUUAACCACAUUAAAAAAAAAUAUCUGUUGGCAGUGAGCGGUAAGUUUUUUUGGGGAAAAAAAUCAUCCCUAAAUUAAUAAGUCAUGAAAUAUUGUAUGGUUAUAAAUUCUGUUUAAUUUGGAUUGAUAGAUAUAUAUUUUUUUACAGAAAUCCAUUGCUGCUUUCGUUUCGGGAGUGUCACCAAUGCAAAUAGGGCUGCUGCAACCACACUGGAGGCCCCUUUGCUGCAGAUGAAUGUUGGUGAACCUCACGUGCUGAAACAGCUCAGAUAAGCCUCCUGUUUACUACCGAUUACUACUACUAACCUCUGUUAUACUACCAGAAAAGUAAUUAAUACAUAGAGAUGGGAGAGUGUUGAUGAUCUCAAACUUUUCUGUUUCAUUAUGACCUUUUGUUUCCUAUCUGUGGUUUUAAUGGGUCAGCUUGUCUUACAGUGAUUAGUCUUCUCGUAAUUUAUAUGAAUUUCUGACUUUCACAUUCUGGAAGAGGGAGUGUAGCUGUUAUCUUUCAUAUUCUUUCCCUUCUGCUGUUUUCUUUUUGGUAUCUUCUUUUUAGGAUACGCAUUGAUACAUGCUUUCCUAGGAAGUGCAGAUUUAUUUUAAUUUUAACCUACAUAUACUACGCGUUGAUUUGUUAGGAGUAUUCAAGUAAUUCUGAAUCUUCAAAUUGGCUGUUAAACUGCUUACAAAACAAUUGGAACUGCUUUCUCUGUGGCCUUCUACAAGGCAGCAUCAAACCUGACAAAGACCUUGGUUCCUGGAACAAGAAGAGCAAAUAUAAAGCAGGAUCUAAAGAGGUUCAAAAAAGCCACAAGCAAUCAAAAUGCCUUUCUCUAGCUACGUGAGAAGUAUCUUUUUUCGGGGUACUUAUUAUUAAGAAGGAUUCAGGGAGCAGCGAGAUAUUUAUAAUAUGUAAAUAGUCUAGUCCUGAACUUGAGAAAAUGAGACCAUACUGGUUUAGCUUAGCGAAUGUUUUAGAAACUUUCAUCCUGUGUAGCAAGAUUUUGAAACAUUCCUUCAAAAUAUUCAUACCUGUGCCUGCACAUCUCUAUUGGGUGUGCAAGCGUUGAUAUUAAUGGCAACAUCAUGAGUUCUCAUAUGCUAAAUAGUCCCAGCUUUUCACUUCAGAGACAUUUUGCCGAGAAAGUAGCAUGCAGAUUUAUUUUAGUGGUGUUUUCUUUGUUUUGCACUCCAUUUGAUGAGUUUGAUACUCUGCGCCGCGCUUCCCAUUUGUCUGUGUCACAGGGACCGUUUGCUCCACUUACUCCAGAGAUCGGGAACCUGUUGAGUAGCACUUGACUCAGCUGGCAGAGGCAAAAUUUCACUUAGACCUUUAUAUAAACAAAUAUCAUCUGUUUUAAGCAACGAUGCGGCUCUGACCAACUGUCUUGUUUCAGACUGCAUCCCAAAGUGCGUUUCUUACUCAACACCCAGUGAGGAGGAACAAUCUUGUCUUUCUGGAAAUCAAACUAAAUGGUUAUAUAUGCACUGUCACUACCAGUGUUUUAAACCCAUACAAAUUCAAGGUUUUUCAUGCUGGUUUUUGCUCUCCCAGGCUGUUAAUACAUAUGAACUAUUUUUUGGUUUUCAUUGGAUUUUUUUGUUUGUGUUGUUUUUGCUGUCACAGCCCUGGAAGCUGAUGCUCCUGACACAGCUCGACACGAAAUUUCGGAUGCAUCCAGAACACACCUUCAUGCAAUCUCUCCUUUAUAUGCUGAUAAAUACCACCUGUGCGCUUCAGCUCUGCAUGGCUGAAAUCAGGAGAGGUUUUCAAAUUAACCUCAGUGGGAGAAAAACCUGGCUUAGAGUGCUCUCACACAGACACGCACACUCAGGGCCAUUAACCACUCGUGCACGUCUUGGAUCCACCUGCAAAAAUACCAAUUUUCAGUCUGAAAACCAUUGACUGUAACUGCUCCGUUAGAACAGGGAAAGGGCGUUUUAACUGUUACAUUUCAUAAUGGUGGCUGAUGUCACCUAAAAUCUUUUUCCCACCACCUCGAAACUCAUGGUACACAUUAAAGUAGCACAGUGCACCAUUGUGGAUACCGAAAACUCUCGACAGUGCUGGUGGGACCGAGGAGCUCACUUGGGGACCAUCUGUCUCUUCAAUAAUCUGUGAAAUGCUUUGGAAUCUGCAGAGCAAGAGACUUGCACCACCUUGAGAGGAGCUGGUACAAAGGCAGGCGAUGGAAUUGAAGUUUUCCACCCCAUACCCAUUUCUGGUGGUCUUGGACCUGAAUGCUACCCUGGAGAAAAUAAGAAGCUAUGAGAAAGCAUUUUUCAAUUGGGAAAACAUUUCUGGGGAGUUGUAAAGCACAGAUGCUUGGGCACAAAAGGGUGAGCUGCCCCGGAGCAGAGCACAAAUACUUAGGAGAUGGCAGGAGAGGUGGUGGGUCCAUCGUGCAGCAUCAGGAGAGGAAGCUUUGCUGCGUGCAGAAACCCAUUUAUUACAAUAACCGUGCGAUUUUGACCGACUGGGCUUCUUGCUUGUUGUGUGGCAUCGGCAUGAAGAAGAUUUAUCUCUUCAGCGAGAUUCAGUUGCUUUUCUGUCUUCAUUCACCGUGUCCCAUGGCAUUUCACUCAUCGCUGCCGAGAAACAUCUCUCCCAAGAAGGGAGAUCCUGUCACGCAGCCACGAGCUGCGUUGGGUUUGUUGUUACCUUUGGUGAAAGCUGGCAGGGAAAGGAUCAUUAUCCACAAUUGUAUCCACAAACCGUUCCUCUUGAAACCACAAAAUAAUUAUCGCUACGAUCAUUCACUCAGUGAUUCAUUUCUGGGGACACCUGUUUUUUGACAGGUCCUUUCACAGGAGUGCGUCCUGACAGGAACAGCUUAAGGUAUCCUCCAAAAAAAAAGAAAAAAAUAAUCAGAAACAGCUUGGGAUGCUUUAUUUUAAUUUAUUAUAAUGCAAAGUGCAGCCCAGGCCUCACACGUGAUUGAUAUUCCCAGGCACCGCUGGGAAUCAUCACUCCACCACAUCAUUUCCAUUGCAAGGCGGCUUUAGGGCAUUUGCGCACGUUGAUACUCUCUUGGUCAUUGACUGCAACACAAAACAGAUAUUAGCUUUUCCUGACAACGCCUCUGACAUAAACCCACUUAUUUCAUCUAUCAUUUCUGUACUCGUUCUCCACGUCUCAGAAUUUAAUACUGGAAGGGUUGAAAUAUUGCGUUGCCGUCUCUGCCGUGUUGUUUCUCCACGUCUUCCUCGUUUGCUGUGUGAAUUGACUUGGGAGAUGCCUACAGACAGCAAUAAAGACCUUUCGACACUUCCAGACAAAUCCCUGUUACUACAGCAAAGAGCCGGCGAUAGUUCCCGGCUCAUGGAAAGCCGUCUGUAAGUCUCAUUUUCGUGUCUGCAAACAGCCACAGAAUUUCAUAUAUCCACAGGCUUUUGCGUAGCCGACCUCAUUGCAAACAUGUUGUUAAAGCAGAUGUUUGGCAAAGUAAUUAAAAGUUCUAAAGACUUUAUGACUGUCAUUCCAGGUAGUGUCUUGUGCUAUUUGACUCUUUCAUUCAGUUGUUGUGUGAAAUGCUUCCAUUUCCCAGCGCUUCCUAGAAUAAUUAAUGUUGUUGUUACUGAUGUAUUUUGGAAUAUGGACAUUCUUUUGCACCAUUUAUUUUUGCAUUCUUUUGCAUCGUUUUUUCUUGGAACCAGUGUAUUCAGCACAGUCAGGGUGUUGAUAAUGAUAAGCUGCACAAAGAAACAUAAAACCAAGCCAAUGCAAAUGUUUUAAGGGGCAUCACUGCCACGUGCUUUACCUGAGUUUGGGACAAAGUACCCUUUACUUCUCAUCUGAGGAUGUUUUUGUAGGUCAAUGUUUUUUCUAAUCAACUUUCUCAUUGUAAUUAUUUCUCUUAAAUUAUUUGUCAGACAGUGAAAGUCCAGAUUGCUGCCACCACAACUGAAAUCCUGGAAGUUUCCAUCAUUGAACCUGCAGCCAACUAAACAUCACCUCAAAAGUCAUGAGCUGUGUGGUGUCUGUUCCAGCAGAAUGCUGGUUCAGACCGACAAGCUGUUCUUUCCAAGGUAAUCACUUUAAUACAGACUUUUCUAGCUGAAAUCUCAGGAGGGAACCAUGUCCGCCCCCAUUUCUGUGGUCAGAGGCGAUGCAUUAGAGCCGGAGAGGAACGGUCAAUACCUGCUCACUGCAGACAAGUGGAAUCCUUCAUGGGACCUGCUCUGGGGGUAAGUUUAAAUUGCUUCUCUCAGGACACCUUAUUGAAGUCUUGGCGAGAGUGUUUUUCCAGUUCUCUGCCACUACAGGACAGGGUUGUAUAAAAUGCGGUUGUGCUGCCUCAGGGAAACUUCAAGUCAACAGAUGCAAAUGGUACAAGUUAAAACAUUGCAACGAUCCUAAUAAUGAAAAUAAAUAUAGGCUCUGCCAAGAGAAAUAUGCUAUUGCAAAAUGAACAAUGGGGUGCAAGAGAAAACAUACAGUCUUGGAAGCAAGUACAAAGAAGUCUAUAAUAUAGAAAACUUGUUUGAAAUUAUUAUAUCUAGUAAUUGAGGCACUUCAUUUACAAUUGCAUACUGUUUUCAGGCAUUUCCCAAAAUUCUUGAAGUUCUCAGCUAUUUCACAAAAUAAUUUUCUUCGUAAUGUGUCUGUAACACACAUAGCCCAUAUGUUUGUCGACAUACAGCCUCUCUGGCUAUCAAACUUACAUCCUUUUUGGGGAUGGAAUGUGCACAAUAAGUAUUGAUUCCUAUUUUCCACUUGACGCAGAAUAAAAUAAUUGUAUCAAAUUGUAAAGUCUUAAUUGCUGAUGGAUUUUUCCACGGGCAAAGGCAGAGAAGGGAACACGCAGUUUUCCAUCAGCAUCCCCCCGGGCAGUAGCAUCACCAUGUUUUCUUUUCCAAGGAUGUUUCAGUGCAGGCAUUUUUCUGCUCCGUGUGUAGGAAGAGGGGAGAGGAGCAGCUGAUGUGAUGUAAAGGAAACCUGUGAUUUUUUUCGGGUUUUUAACCAGUGUCCAGAAUUCUCUCCAGAAACUCCUGGUGCCUUUGACCCGCUAACCCCGGCCACCUGGGAAUCGGCACAGAUUGCUGCUUCAUUAUGGCUUGGCGUGUCACUGCAUCGCUCUCCCUAACAAAUGCGUAGGGAAGUUUAGUUGCAGAAAGGCUGAGAGAAACACGUGAUUAUUAAAAAAAAAGACAGAAAAAAAACCAAAGCACAACCUAUGGCUUGUCCAACAAUAUGUGAAAAUCUUUGGUUACUUGACAUUCAGUUCAUUUACUUCCUCAGAUUUAUCGUAAAAUAUUUCACAGUAAAACUGAAGAACUUCUGCCCCACUUCACAGAGUAUUGUUUGUGGGGUUUUUUUAUGGUUCUCCUGGGGAAACAGUCAUUUUCUCCUCUGCGUUGGAAAGCUCUUCUCAUGGGGCUUUCUGGUGAGAUCUUGUGUACCGGUGGCACGGAGCCCUUGCAGGGUAUUGCAGCUUUUGCCUUCAGGAGAAAAGGAGGUAAAAGCAAAUUUUGGGGCUCAGCUCUGACUGUGCUCCUGGUGAAACGAUUUUGCAGAAGUCGUGUGUGUUCCCCUUGCAGUUGCUUUGGCACGGAGGUGGUUUGUUUGGCGUGCCUGAAGACAUGACAACCAAAUAACCACAAGAUACAGAGGUGGCAUCAUUGGCAUUCUUGUGUCAUGCUAAUACCUCGAAGCUGUAUUUGUUUUUAAAAUGAGCCUUUAGAGGCGGUCGGAGAUCUGCAGGCACUGAUUGCUGGCUAUCGAUUCCCUCCCCCCGGGUGGCUCUGCAGCCCUUGUCGAUAUUGGCUUUUUGAUACCCAGCCUAAAAUAGGUUUUCUCACCCACAGAAGAAACCCACAUCACAGGACACCAUCUCACUAAGUGCUAAUUCGACAGCCUUGUUGGCAGCCCUUGCUGCAAGGACAAGGAGCUGUCAGAGCCCAGAUGUUGGAAUUGCUAAUAAUUCAUGCUAAAACCAGAAGAAAGUGUGCAAAAUGGAAUUUGAUUUUCUUUUCUAACCAUGGAGAGAGGCUGGUUGGUAAUGGGGCACAUAAAAUACUGUGUUCUCCCCGGUAUCAUCGGAUGUAAACUAAAAUAGUAUGGCAUCUUUGCCUCUGAUGGGACUAAUUAUUUCUAAUAUUUUUCUCCUGAAAUAUUGCAUAGUGAAAACCUCAGUCAAAUCAAGCCAGAGCUGAAAUACUAAGCAAAAUAAGUAAAAGCAGAUUCAUUUCAAAAAUAGGUAAGGAAUCAAUUGCAUGCAGUUUCCUGGAACUGUAAUUUUGUUUGUGCAGUUUUGAAGGACCUGACUUGUGUUUUUAGCAGCAUGUUCUGUUACCUGAAUGGAACAAUCUCUGCACAGGCCUGAUGAUGACCCAGCAAAAAGCACAGGUCUGCCUCCCCACACUGCUCUGUUCGUCUAAACUACAGAUGAUUUUCUGAUGUAUAAAAAUUUAUGCACGUACAUUUUAGCAAUUAACAAAAAAAUGAGCAUUAGGAGUGAAAGACUCAAUUAUAUUUAGUUGUUAUAUUUAACAAGCAAGAUGCAAUAUAAAUUAGUAAGAAUGUGUAUAAACACAAUUUAACAAAUACAAGAAGAAAGGUACUUACGUCUUCCAGUAUGCAGUUUAUAGCCUUGUGCAAUGUAAUUAUGUUUAUAUGAGUAUGAGCAUAAUAAAUUGUAGAAAGUCACACAGCAAUGAAUGAGAACGGUGUAUGUAAUGCUAAUGAUGAACAGUACCAUGGCUGAAAUACGAACAUAACCCUGCAAUUUGUGUAACAGAGGCAAGAGUCAAAGGGUGGUUUGUUUUGUGUGUAUUUUAUAAGUGAAGGCUGAGAACGUGAACCAAAGACUAAUUGGGAGGGAACCAAACCAAGAUGGUCUCAGACUGGCAUUAUUGCUAUCUCAUAUUUAAACACCUUUUUUUCUUCCAUUUUCCAUGCACGUGAUCCUAAUGAUUCCUUUCACAUUCCCAUUCACCCUGAGCUCCGCACCUCGCUUCUUCUCCAGCUUUUUAAGCUGCUCACAGGGUAUGGGACAUUCAGGGUUCAGAGCAGAAUGGGCUUUUUGCUGGUCGAGCAGCCUCAGAGGUAGAAGACAGACCCUAGUAAGGCCUGGUAACUCGGGAUUUACAUCCUGGAGGGAUUUCAGCCUCUCUUUUUUGGCUGCAAGACUUGGCUCUUUCAGAGGAGAGGACUGUGUGCAGUUGAUGCCUAGGGAGCCUUGAGCCCAGGAUGGCGUUUUAACAUCUAUUACAAAGUUUGACAUUUCUAUUUCUUGUGUUGCUUCCCAGGCUGUGACCUAAAUUAUAAGUAGAAGAUAUUAAGCCUGGAUUUUAACUUAACAGCUGACUACACCCACAGGAGAAAUUAAAGCACAGUGUUGUUCUGUGAUUGAAGGUGACUGUUAAGCUUGUUUCUCCCCAAACCAGCAUUUGCCAGCUCUUACUGGAAUUUCUUCACCAUAAAGUCUGGGGGGGUUUGUGUGCAAUGUCAUGAUUGUGGUACCAGAGAAAACCUUGGGAAAGGAACGUGGCAGAGCUCCAAUUUCUUGGUGAAGCACAAGUCCUGAAUUGCUGGUUGCUGUGAGCGUGCAGAGACUGCGUCCCACCGUCCGUGGCUGGUUUGCGGCUACCUGAUGGCUACCGAGCUCCUUCUGCCUCACUGCUUUCUACCUUCUGGAAUUAACUGUAUCUACAUCAGGAGACUGAAUGUUCCAGUCCAUGCAGGUUAAAGUUUGUUUUCAUUCUGUGGAUCUCAAUGACAUUUGUGUGCUCGGGUUACCCCAUUGUCCCUUCCAUGAGCAGCAAUCCUUUUUAUUUGAAUUGCCAGCUGUAUGGAAAAUCUGAUUACUGCCUCGUCCUGCUGAAUAACUGCUUAGCCAAGGUGGGCAGGAAUGAAGAACUGGCUUUUUUAAAGCCUCACCUGGAGAUGCCUUUCAAUAAAAGGUCCUUUCGCAACGGUGUUGGAUCAGGAAUUAAAAAAACUUCCUUUCGAAGAGCAAAGUCAUAAGCAAAUGUUCAAAACCACGCUCCCGAUUCUAGCGUCUGAUGUUUAACUUUGCGCUUAAAAUCAUUCUAAUGCUUUUCUAUGAUAAAACCAACAGAGACAAAUGUACCCGUGUAAACAGAUGUUUCUUUGAAAGAGCACAAGCCAAGGGAAACAGAUGGGAGUGCUCGGCAAGGGCUUUGUUCCCCAAGUUACAGUAUCAUAAAGUUUUGUAUUGAAAUGAAUGUUUUCAUUCGGUUAAUUCCCCUUCUUUGUAAAGCUACAGAUUUAAUCAGCUUACUCUUGAUUAAUACAAAAAUAGGCCCGUGCUUUGAAUAGAUGAGUGCAUCAUUCCCGACAUCCCUCCUCUCUGCCGUAGCGGCAAAGCCACCGGCAAGGCAAGGCUUGUGCUUUCCUGUCCCAAAUCGCAUUUACUUGAAGACAACCGCUCUGGCAACGUUAACACAGAUCUAGAGUACGUUUCAUUUCAAAUUUCCAAAGAUACGAAGGGCCACUGGUGAGAGACAGAAUCAGGCCCUGCUUGUAACAUCUAGUUUCUUUUUAAUAUGGUUAUUUAAAAUGACUUUAGCAGGAAAUAAUCUCCUGAGAUGUGUCAUCUCAUUUCCAGGAGAGUCCUGGGAAAUCUCUCUAAGGCAGGGUAUCAGUGCAGCUCCCGUUGCCUCAAUUAAUUGACUUACUUAGGCAACACACCUCUGAGGAAAUGUGCCAAAUGCGGUUUCUGCUCAUCUGCUACAGUUGUGGCGCAGUGAUUAACAAUGGUGGGGUUUUUUUAAUUUCCUGUAAAAAAAAAAAAUGAUUUGAUCUGAAAGCAUGUAAAUGUGAUAUGUAGAAAAGGUCAUCUACUGAGUUUCAUGUAUGUGAAUUUUCCCCCGUGGCUGUUUCCUCCCAAUGCAGUGUAACAAGCGGUGAUGUUGGUUUGAAAGUGUUGCAAAGUGUCCAUGCAAACGCGUUUUGAAUUUGAAGCUAGGAUAUUAAUAAAUCAGUAUAUGGAUGCUUUCUAAUAUUUCUGUGUUAAAUAUCAUGACCCAGGAGAUAGUUAUUAAAACGGAGUAAGGCCAGUUGGCAUCAUCGCCUCCAUGAUGCCCAUUCCUGUGUCUUGAACCCCUGAGCCCAUGGAGGAAAGUGUCUCAAACACAGAGCUGUGCUAGUGUGAUACUGGGUUUCUGGAGGGCAACUGGCUAAUUUAUGGCUCAUUCGAGGGGAUCAAACAUAAUCCUGUCUGUGUUUGUCCAUGCUGAAAUGUUUAAAGCAUCAUAUUUUUCAAAGUUGCUUCAACUGUCACAAUUCCUUUUGGGCACUGUUGGCGUUUGGGUUGCUUAGCUCUUGCAGUUCUUAGUCAAGUGACACUGAGACCUUUAAAAUCAUGCCAUCAUAGAACAGUUUGGGUUAGAAGUGACCUAACAUACCACCUAGUUCCAACCACCCUGCCAUGGGCAGGGACACCAUCCACUAGACCAGGUUGCUCAGAGCCCUGUCCAACCUGGCCUUGAACAUCUCCAGGGAUGGGGCUUCCAUAGCUUCUCUGGGCAGCCUGUUCCAGUGCCUCAGCACCCUCAUGGCAAAGAAUUUCGUCCCUAUAUUUAACCUACAUCUCCCCUCUUCCAGUUUAAAACCAUUAACCCUUGUCGCAUCACUACAUGCCCUUGUAAAAAAAUCCCUCUCCAGCUUUCUUUUAGGCGCCGUUUAGGUACUGAAAGGCUGCAGUAAGGUCUCCCUGGAACCUUCUCUUCUCCAGGCUGAGCAACCCCAACUCUUCAACCUAUCUCCACAGGAGAGGAGCUCCAGCCCCUGAUCGUCUUCAUGGCCACCUCUGGAAUUGCUCUGACGGGUCCAUCUCCCUCUUACAUUGUUGGCCCAGAGGUGGACACCGCACUGCAGGUGGGGUCUCACCAGGGUAGAUCAGAAGAGGAGAAUCCCCUCCCCUGACCUGCUGGUCGUGUUUCUUUGGAAGCAGACCAAGAUAUGCAAAUGUACAAGGAAAUGUAUAAGGAAA